AUGGUUGAUAUUUUGAAGACUUUGUGUCUAAGGUUUAAGGGUUUGCAGUUGGGUUGUUUUACGUUACGGUAUUCGCUGCCCAGUUAUCCGAGUUGUUUUCUAGAAACGGAUAGCGAUUUGGACAUGAUGAGGACAUUUUUGUUUGUAUCAAAUGAGAAGAGUGUUGAUAUUUUAGUGAAGGAUUUAUGCGGAAGCAGUGAAUAUAGUGGUGAUUUUUGUGUAAAUAAGGAGUUGAUUGCAUGUGAAAAGGGCGAGUCGUCGUGUUCUAGUACUGUCGAAGACAAAAAUGAAUUUUUGGGCAGGUCGAAGAGAGCAAGUGCUAAGCCUUUGUUGUCGAAUGAGUGGGAGACGUACAUACAUCAUGUAGGGCAGAAGUUUGACGGUGGUGCAGAGGAGUUCCGUUUGAAAUUGUGCAAGUACGCUCUUGAAGUAGGAUUUAAUUUUUUAUAUGCCGGCAAUGACACGAAGCGGGUGGUUGCUAUUUGUUCGAAUAAGAAAUUGGAGGGUUGUAGCUGGCGUGUUUAUGCUUCUCGUUGUGAAGCUACUGGCUGUUUUGUAAUUCGGACAUUAAAUAAUGUGCAUACAUGUGUGGGUCGGAUACGGGAAUCAAAGAGUAAGAUGAUGAAGUCUCGUGUGGUGUCCUCCCUCAUUGUGGACAGAAUUCGUGCAAAACCAGAGCUGAAGCCAGUUGAGAUUAUACACGAGUUCAAAGAUUAUUACGGUAUAGACAUUUCAUACUACCAUGCAUGGUUUGGCAAAGAGUUAGCUAAAUUGAACGUACAUACAUCAAGGUUUGUUAAAUGCAAUGGGAAUUUGAUAUCGAAGUACCCGAAGUCAGGUUAUGCGAAAUCGCUCCAAGACCGUGUUAUCAAUUUAUUUAGUAGGUGCGCAUAUGCUGUUAUAGAGGAAGAGUUUACGGUAGCAAUGGAGGAGUUGGUGAUUGUUGGGAGUUCGAAAGUGAAGACAUUUAUAUCUGAUUUGUCUAGAGAUCACUAUGCGAACGCAUAUUUCAAAGGAAUGCGGUAUGGGGAGAUGGCAAAUAGUUUAGCGGAGUCAUUUAAUAAUUGGGUUGGUGUGUUUCGAGAUUUGCCGGUUCUACCUUUGAUAGAAGGGAUUCGACAGAAAUUGAUGGUAUUGAAUUCUCAACGACUAAUUGAAGCGGAGAAGUGGACAACAAUUUUGUGUCCGGAGAUGGAAACUAGACUGUGGGAAAAUGCGGAGGCCGGUAGGACUUGGGUAGUUCGUCGUUCUAGUUUCACUGUUUUUGAAGUAUUUGCUGAUUAUUCUGUGAUGGUUGAUCUUGAGCAAAAGACUUGUUCUUGCCGUCUUUGGCAAAUUGACGGUUUUCCUUGCACGCAUGCGGUAGCUGCAAUUCUAGCAAAGAAAGAUUCAAUUUAUGAUUACGUGGAGUGUUACUAUAGGACUGACUUCUUUCGAAAAGCCUAUGAGAGUCCUAUUUUUCCUAUUCCAGAUAUUGGGAAAGGCUUGGGCAGCAACAGUUUUGCAGCUGGAGUUGUGCUUCCGCCAAUUACAAAGAGGCCAGCCGGAAGACCACCAACAAAGAGGAUCAAAGCUUUUGGUGAAUUUAAAAGGCCAUUGAAAUGCAGUCGGUGUAAUAGGAAGACUUGCAAGGCUGUGAUAUGA